AUGGGGAUUAAUGAAGCCAAGUGUAGCAAGUUGAGGCAUGCUCGCCAUGCCGUUUCGCAGCACCUCGGUGCUACCUCUGCCUUCCAAAGUUUCAACCAAAGAGCUGGCCUCAUAGCUGUAGUUUCUGAAUUUCUGGGUGCAGCUGAUUGUAAUGGCAUUGGUAUGUUUUUCUCCAUCUUAUAUUCAGUGUGGCAGGCACGUAAUGAUCUUCUCUUCAGCGCGAAGCAAAGCUCUGUUGAUCAGAUCCUGUUGCGAGCGUCUAGCCUUCGCCCGUCGAGCAACCAGUCAACUGCUCCUCACCGCCAUGGCCGCGAGCAUGUUUCUUCAUGGCGUCGACCAGCUGCAGGAAUUUUUAAAGUGAACUUUGAUGCUUCAUUGCUGCAAUCUCAUGAGGCUGGGUUCGGGUUUAUAGCAAGGAACAAGGAGGGGGAGGUCUUGGCUGCUGCUACAUCGACCAUGGGCCCGGUUCUUUCAUCGGUUUUGGCAGAAGCACUUGCUUUGCGCUGGGCCUUGGGGUUGGCAAAGGAAUUGGGGUUUCGCCGCAUCUGGGUUGAGACGGAUUGCUUGGUGCUAUACAACUAUUGGGAACGUAGAGAGGGUGGUUUCUCCCAUUUGGAAACAGUUGUUAAGGAUUGUCGUUUACUGCUUUGUAGUUUUGAUGUUUUUACUUUUACUUUCGUUCGUAGGACCGGCAAUUCUGUUGCCGACGCGUUGGCAAAACUUGCUUUUCGUUUAGGCUGUUUGGUUUUGAUUGAAGAGGCUCCGUUGGAGGUUUCCUCUCUCAUCCAGGAUGAUGUUUUUGCCUCUGUGGCUUCUUCUCUUUGA